UUUUGCUGGACCGUGGGGGUUGGGGGGUGGAGGGCGCCUUUGGCCCGAGGCGGGUGCGGAAACAGUAGCUACCUUUUCUCCUGCCAAGGCUCUGCUGCUUUAUUUUUCUGCCUCGCCUCUCCAUGCGUGCCGAGCUUCCCUUACUCCUGAAUUUAUUUUGCUUGGCGGCGGCGGCGGCAGCGACUCUUACGCAGAUACCAGUUGCUUGAGUCAUAGGCUUUGACACAAGACAGAUGGCUGCAGUUGGUAGGCGUGCAGGCUGCCUGAUGCUACAGUUGAUGAAACAGAAUAGGAAGACCUUUUAUGAUCAGCUGCUGGACCCCAGUAAAACUACAGCUUUGCUAGGGUCACGUAGGGAAAAAAAGAACUAUAAGGUGACUUUUUCUGAUGAAGAACUGAGAAAGCGGCUGACACCUCUGCAGUACCAUGUUACUCAGGAGAAAGGAACUGAAAGUGCCUUUGAAGGAGAAUAUACAUACCAUAAAGCCCAUGGGAUAUACAAAUGUGUUGUUUGUGGAAGUCCUUUAUUCAAAUCUGAAACGAAGUUUGACUCCAAUUCAGGAUGGCCUUCAUUCUAUGAUCUAAUCAACUCUGACACAAUUACAUGUACUGAUGACUACUCAUUUGGGAUGCACAGGGUUGAGACAAGCUGCACUCAGUGUGGUGCUCAUCUUGGCCAUAUAUUUGACGAUGGGCCACGUCCAACUGGAAAACGAUACUGCAUAAAUUCAGCUUCAUUAGCUUUUGAGCCUGCAGACAAGAAUCAUGCUGGAGAAAAAAAUGCUGGUUCUACAUCUUCACAACCAAAUAAGACAGAACUGUAAUGGGAAUCCGUUGCUUAAGAUUGUUUUCCUAGAUGACGUGGAAAGAAUAUUCUAAAUGAUUUUCUAUGUUACCUACUAUUUUAAAAACAUACAAAGAUGUUCUGCAGUAUAUAGUUUUUUUCCUGAUCAAAAUGAGACAUGUUAAUUUCUUUUCUUAUAUCGCCACACAUAACUAUUUCACAACUUCUGUGCUUUGAGGCAUCCCAUAACAAAAUGACUUUUGACACUAUGAUGUUGAUUACUUGCAUUUUUCUUAAAAUAACUGAAUUAUAUUCCUUCAUAUUUUUUAUUCUUUUCAUUCAGUACACAACUAUAGUAAGAAAACAAUUUUCUAAUGGUACUUAGGCAAUUUUGUUUUGAUUUACGCAUAUACAGGUAAUCCCCGGGUUACAAGUGUUCCCAUAGCGAAUGUUUGAAGUUACGUGAUAAUGCCCCCUAGUAUUCAUGAACAAAUCCCAAAACUAUGAAUGUUGCAGCACUGAGGCAGUUGUUUGUCCUUAUGAACAACCACAGAAGCUCUGCAACAUUUGCCCUGCCUAUUCCACCCUCUGCUCCAGGUCUUCAUAGGCACUAGGCCUGUGGAUACUCACCUUGCGAAGAUCUAGAGUUCCUUCACUUUCCUUGCCUGUUUUGGCACUUCAGGCCUUCAGUGACCACACAGAGAAUGGAGGCCUAAAGUACUGCGAGGUUUUGUGAGAUCAGUAGUGCGAGAUCUCAUGCUAUUGAUCUUUCGUGGUCUCGUGGUACUUUAGGCUUCCAUUCUCUGCAAACAGAGGUCUAGGCAAAAUCUGCAGCAAAAGGCUUUGCAAAUGAAAGGAAGGCCUGAAACAUCAAAGCUUUCCCUCUAUUUGCAAAGCCUUUUGCCAUUCUUGCAAAAAACCUUUGCGGUCCAAAUGGAACUUCACAGCUCCAUUUUCUCAUCCAGAACAUUGCAGCCUGAGAUGGAGCUCUGGAGGGGCCUGCAUGCCCUUCCAACGUUCUGUUUUGGUGUGGGCAGGCCUCAUCUGGAGCUCCAUUUUGGGCUGCAUAGUGUUGAACGAGGCCUGCCAUAUCAAAAUGGCGCUUUGUCCCCUGCCUCUCCAAAGCUCUGUUUUGGGCUGCAAAGUGCCAGAUGAGGCCUGUGCAUGCCAAAAUGGAGCUUUGACCCCUGCCCCUCCAAAUCUCAGUUUUGGGCUGCCACGCCAAAACGGAGCUUCAGAGUGACAUGCGUGGCUGAAAGGCUGGAGGUAUUUCAGCAGGUUGUGGAGGCCUUGGUCUUAAGGAAGUGGCCUGUUUCAUCACUAGCCCGCCCCCCCCCCAUGGGCUUCCCCACUCUGAAAUACCUCAUGUGCACUUAACAAGCCUCGCAUUUGAUUAGCGAAUGCAUGGGCGAAAGGAGGGAGUGAUCGCAUUUAAGGUAUGAGAUUCCCUCCCAUGAAUCCUAGGGUUACAAAUGGAAUGGGCAGGCUCCCUUCCAUUUGUAACCCAAGGACUACCUGUAGUCAACUAACUCUCUGUAAUUAUUGUACCGUUCCAUAAAUGAGGCUGUAUAAUUUAGUAUAAUCAAUCCAACUUUUGUCUUGGAUUUCUGCAAAAGUAUUCAUCUACAUAAAUGGCAACCAUACAUCCUUGCCUUCAGUUAAAUAAAUGCUAUUUUUUAAAAAAAAUUAUAUAAGAUGACAUUUAUAUUAUCUGCCUAGAAAGGAUAGUAAAUUUACUUCUUUAUAUAGCAGGUGGCUUUCUUUGGAACAGCUUAAGAGGCCAGAGCAGUCACAAUGUGCUUUUAAAAACUGUAGAUGAAGACUGGUAAUCAUAGACCAGUUGUUUCCUCAUACUUGUAAUGAGGAUUUUAAAAAUCCUUACUGUAUUUUUAUCCUCAAAAUGUCAAAAGAGAAUUCAUAGACUAGUCUGCAAAUGUGAGGGAGUUUUUUUAUUACUUUGUGAUCAUAUGAGAAUAUAAAAAUUCAGUAUUGCCUUACCAAUUAGUGUUGUCCUGGAAAAGUUAAUACCUCAUUAAAUGGUACACAUCUUCCUGAAAUUUCCCUUACAGUGUUUAAGCAGCGGUGUGUAGAAUAGCUACAUGGAAAGUCCUAUUGUAAGCAUCAAAUUGCUUACAAACUACUUUACCUUUUUAUUACUACUUGGGAGAUAAUUGUUUAGGCUGUAUUCUCUUACUCCUUUUCAAUUUCUAUACGAAGAUCCACUAUCCUCAGUGCAUUGCCCACUUGUAUAAGAAUAGAGACAAUACUUUUUCAUAAACAAUAAAACCCUAGCAACAAAUAUCAGUGAAAGAUAGUGGCCUAUGAUAAAGUGUUAGUCUGAGAUGUCUGGUUCUACUAAGAGUGAGCAGGUUUGCCUUAAAGAGGAAACGCUGAGUAUGAAGUGUGGCCCUAACCCUAACCAUUGGGGUUGCCAUGGAACCUAACCUGGCUCUCCCAACGUGGGGUGGGCAAAAUGACAUUGUUCUCACUGUUGAUUUAAAAAACAAAAGGUCAAUACAGUCAAUCUCAGUACUUGUCCUGGCAAGGAGACAAUAUGUUGUCCUUCAGCUGUGAUAAUCAUUUAAUUUGUGAAUUUGUUUCAGAUUUUAGUAUGUGUAUGACAGAAAUCUCUUGCAAGGAUAUGCCUACAUUCUACGUCAUGGUUUACAAGAGAAUUGGUGUGAUUGCUGUGAAAAUGAACUGACAUGCUUGAGUAUAACAGUAUUUUACAAAGUAUAACAUUACCAUACUAUUUAAGAUAAUUUUACCAUAAUUCAUUAUCUGUAUCGAACAGAUCACCUAUAUCUGGCACACAAAUAAUUAAAAUUGCUAUCUGUUAGCCUCAUACAUCUUAGCAGCAAAAAUUGAAAUUGUAUAUUGAUAUAGGACUUAGGAAUACAACCAUAUACAUAAGAAUUAUUUGUAGCAUUAUUCUUAGGCAUGUGAUUACUUUCUCACUUUUGGGUGAAUCUUUCUGCCGUUUGCCAAGAGACUGUAUUUUUAUUAGAAGUUAGUUUUCUCCAAUCAUAUUUUCCUAAAUGAAAUCUCUGAUGUGUAACAGCAGCGAAAAUAUGGGGCAUUAAUUUUUGAGAUAACUUGCAGUUCACGUUUCAACCUAUUUCUGUCUUCUUAAAUAAAUUUAUCCCUCAGACUCUAAUAAGCAAUAAUGUAAGCUUUUCAUAAGCUGAUUUAUAUUUAUAGUUUAUAAAAUGUGGUGAAUUGAAUCGGCUUGGCCACAUAGAGGUGUGUUAUUAGACCAUAACUUCAUUAAUAAACAGAAGCCAUGGAUAUAGAUUGUUUUUCAUUGAUACCUACUAGAAAUAAUGUGACCAUAACAUUUACAGUACUGCAGAGCCCAAAUAUCACUUCGUUUAUGGCUUUGCUAUAAUUUGGAUAUUAUUGAGUCACAAUAUAUGACUUGGGAAUCCGUUGGUGUCUCCUGGAUAUUUUGUAUUGUGUGACUGAUAAUAUUGAAUGCACGUUUCAGGAUAUAUUACAUAAGAGUUUAUACAGUUAUUGAAAGAGAAAGAAAAAUAUUAUUUUAGUAUAUUUGAAACCUGCCAUUAGAACUGCCUUUUUGCUUUUAAGACAUUAGGUUUUAUUCAAUGAAGAUGCCUUUUAAUAUGUUUGCUGAACACAGAUAUAUAAUAUAUUUAAUUUAUAAAUAAACAUUUCUCUAUA